AUGGCCGCCGACAUCCAGAAGCACUUCAAGUCUCUCCGCGUCGACACCGGCCGCCGCAGGAGUCGCAAGGACCCCUUCGCCGACCCCUUCGAAGAUGAUAGCGACGACGACAAGCGCACCUCCCGCAGCCGCUCCAAGACGAAUAAGUCGCCGCCAUCGGCCGCUGCUGAGAAGAAAGAGAAGCCGCCGUCCGCGUUAGCCGCGCCCCCCGCCAAGAAUAACGUUUCUUCACUUUCUCACAGCGCUGCAUCGCGAAACAGCGAGGAUGAAUUCUUAGACGCCCCCAAGCGCACCACCGAUCGCCGCCCGAGUCCUGCCCCAGCGGAACUCGCAUCCCUACGUGUGAGCGACGGCGCUGGUAGGAGGGGGUCUCUGGAUCACGGUUUGCAGAGCAAAGGGCUUGCAGGGCGGGGUGUACAGACCAACAAGACCCCUCGAAGCGCAGUCGCGCUCGCGGCAGGGAACUUGGCAUAUCUGGACGACUCGGGAUCCGACGACGAACCGCAACGACCUUCGCGUGCCGAUCGCCAUCCCAGCCCAGCGCCGAGAAAGCAGUCGGAUUCUGUCGACCCGCUGCAGAGGUCAGGAACGCCUACGGGUGCGCGAGAACCUGCGAAAGAGCCCACACAGCCUUCACGUCAUACCGUCGCAUCGCCAUUUGCAGGCACAAAGUACCUCGAGGACAGCGAGAGCGACGGCGACUCGGACUCGGACUCCGAAGCCGUCACCUCGCGCUCCGGCAGCCUCGAAGGCCCCACCGCACCCGAAGCGCCCCCGACCAGCCCCGAGAAGGGCAAGCUCGAGGUGAAGCGCGUCGACAAGCCCAAGCAGCAUGGCGGCGGAGUCUCAUGGCGCGCCUUCUCCGCCGGACGCGCCGAGCAGCGCAGCAGCGAGAUCGAGGCACUCCAGACAAGCCUUAAGCAGCGUGGGAAGUCCAUCUCCUUCGGCACGCACGCCGUCACGGACGACGGAAACCGGGUCCCUAUCCCAGCUGCACCCGGGCAGAUCGUCGCUGCACCGGGAGCGCGAGGACGAGGACGCAAGGGACGGGGCAAGUCGCCCCCCAGAAGAGCGGAGGACACCAGGCCUGCGGAAGACGAGGGAGGGGAUGGAGGAGCUGCCGGGGUGGGUGUCUACGACCCAACGCAGUUCAAGACCAACCCCUUUACUGGUGAGCCCGUCCGGCGGACGUCCAGCGGCCGAGAUGGCAACACCUCCACCCAGCAACGCGGACAGCGAUCACCCGACAGCCUCAGCGGCAGCAUCCCUGACAUCCGCAUCAACAAUAUCGCCCAUUACACCGGCAGCUUGUCGAGCAAGAUGACCAUCUCGCCUCCACAAACGAUCCCUGAAGAGCAAAUCACCGACAAGCUGCAUUCGCCGUUGAUGUCACCUACCGAAGAGUACACCAACCCGCUAAGUCGGAAUUCAAGCGCGCGAUCGAUCCGUAUGACCGGCUCAAGAGCUACGAGAAUCCCAGGCGCCGGUUCACGACGUCAGUCACGACGAUCACUUUCCGCUAACCCAUCUCCUAGUCCAGCACACACAUUCUUAUCAUCAUGGAGUCGGGACGCUGGAGCUUCAGAGCCAGCACCUGAGCCGAAGCCAGACGACGAAGGCCAGGCGAUCGGUUUGAACAACGAGUACAUCAUAGGCCGAACGAUCAACCAAGGCGGCUUCGGCGUCGUCAAAGAGGUCCACGCCAUCAGCCCCUCUGGCGAACCCAUCCUGCGCGCCGUCAAAAUCGUCCGCAAAGCCAUCCCCGACCGCGACGAGUCCGAAAACGAAAAAGCACAACAAGAACUCGAGCACGAAGUCUCCAUCUGGCGGCACCUCAAGCACCGCCACAUCCUCGACCUCCACGCCGUCUACGAGACCGACUUUGCUACUUUUUGCAUGAUGGAGCUCAACGUCGGCGGCACCCUCUUCGACAUUGUCCGCAAAGCCCGCAUGGACGCCUCCUCCCACAACGGCCGCAAGGGUCUCGAGCCGAAACUGGCGAAGCACUACGCCUACCAGCUCGCCUGCGCAUUGCGGUAUUUGCACGAGGAUAUAAGAGUCUGUCACCGCGACGUCAAGCUCGAGAACUGCCUGAUCGACUUGUCCGCCCCGAACGCCGCAGCGGAAGGCGGGAACCUCCGCCUCUGCGACUUCGGGCUCGCGGAUUUCCUGCACAACGAAGGGAGUCUGGAUGGCGACGGCCUAGCCAUGCGUCUCAGCAGCCCCCUCCUCGCCGAGCCGCCCGCGCACGCACAGGCGCACCACCGCACCCAGAGCUCCGUCAUCGGCACGUUGGAAUACGCCUCUCCGCGCGGUCUGAGCGUGAACAGGAAACUCUUCGAGACGGCCGGCGACAUGUGGGCGUUCGGCGUCAUCGUCUACGCCUUAGUAACAGGCGAACUGCCCUUCCGGCACGCGAUGCCGAGUAAGACGGUCGAGAUGAUCAUGCAGGCUGCGUGGGACGGGGAGGCGUUGGCGCAGGCUUAUGGGGGCGGGAAGGAGGUGAGGGAGUUGGUGCAGGGGUGUUUGGAGAGGGAUGUUGAGGCGAGAUGGGGGAUUGGGGAGGUGCUUGGGGGAGCGUGGUUUGAGGGGAUGAGUGAAGAGGGAGGAGACCGUGUGAACGGGGAAGGGGGGCGAGAGGAUUGGCGGUAG